GACCCCGGUCCCUCCCUCUCAGCAAGCGUCCGUGCGGCACAAGAGGCCAACGUUUGCGCAAGUUGACGUCGCUCGCUCAGGGUGAUGCUAAGCUAACGUGCUAAGCGAGGCUUUGUCGUCAACAUGCCGACGGACGUGGCGCCGCCCCUCUCGCUGUCGCAAGAGGACUUCGCGUACGGGCCCGCACCUCGAGCCCGAAGCCCCGUCGUCUGCCGCCGUGAGCGCCAAGCCAAAAAGACCAAGAAGCGGGUGACCUUCGCAGACCACCGAGGUCUGCCCCUCGCCAGGGUCAAGGUUUUCUACCAGUUCAAGGACACCAUCCGCAUCCCCGCCGGCAUCCGCUUCGAGUCGGCGGACCGGGAAGACGACGACGACGAGGACGACGACGAGCUGGUCCUGGACUUCGCCCAGCCGGGGGGCGACGAAAUGCUCUUUCGCCAGAGUCUGGACAGGACGUGCGUGCGCCUGGAGAAGUGCGUGCUGAAGGAGCGGACCCUGGUGGGAACCGUCAAGGUCAAGAACUUGUCCUUUGAGAAGCGGGUGUGGCUGCGCGUCACCUUCGACUCGUGGGCGAGCCACUCGGACGUGGACUGCGCCUACGUCGAGGACUCGUACCCGAGCUCGUACGCCGACACCUUCUCCUUCCGCCUGGCCUUGCCGCGGGUGCUCGACCUCCAGCCCCGCGUGGAGUUCGCCGUCUGCUACCAGGCGGCCGGCGCCGAGUACUGGGACAGUAACCGCGGACGCAACUACCGCAUCCUCCGGGCCAAGGACGAACGCGCCGGCCGGUUCCGCUUUGGCGUUCGCCCGGACACCUUCGGCGGGCUGGCCUGCGGGCGCGGGAUCCUCCCCGAGUGGCCCGGCUACGCCGGCUACGAGAACGGCAGACCCUACUACUGAACGGCGGCCUUUCGGUCGGCCCAGGUUCUUUUCGUCGCCGAGAACAAACGCCGAUGACAGCAAAUGUCAUCUGGUAUGGCGUGGUCGAAAAUUGGUGAUUAUUUUCAAUACGCAAAAGCCUUCUUUAUAAUAAAGACUUUUAAAGCUCUUUUGAGUGUUCUGCGUCUCAUCACGCGGGUCGGGGGCCAGCUGGAGCCCAUCCCAGCUAUCUUUGGGCAAAAGCCGGGACAAAAUACCCUAAAGUGAGUAGCGCUAAGGCUUCAAACACUAAGCGAGAGCGAGUCACUGUCAUAAAAUGCAGUUUUUUUGUAUCUUGCUGCCAGAUGACUUGAUUUAUAGUUGGAUUUUUCCAAAUAGGUUGCCUCGUGGA